CCAUUUCAAAUUAUCUUAUCUUAGCCUUAAUUAUAAGGCAGCAGGCAACAACAAGUGAUUAAGCGAAGAACAACCUUAAUCUUGAUUAUUAAACAGUUGGCAGCAGAACAACUACAGAUAUACAUGGAGGACAAUUAUGAGAUCAAAAAAGAUAUUACUGAAUUAAUAGGUAAUACCCCCAUGGUAUAUCUGAAUAACGUUGUGGAUGGUUGCGUAGCCCGAAUUGCUGCCAAGCUCGAAAUGAUGGAACCUGUCCGUAGUGUAAAAGACAGAAUUGCACACAACAUGAUCAAAGAUGCAGAAGAUAAAGGCUUGAUUACUCCGGGGAACACCAUCCUCAUUGAACCUACAAGUGGUAACACUGGCAUUGGAUUGGCAGCAAUUGCUGCAGCCAAAGGCUAUAAACUUAUAAUAACCAUGCCUGCUUCAAUGAGUCUCGAGAGACGAAUUGUGCUACGUGCUCUCGGAGCUGAAGUUCAUCUCACUGAUCCAGCCAAGGGCUUUAAAGGAGUUUUAGAUAAAACUGAUGAGGUACUAAGUAAAACCCCGAACGGGUAUGUGCUUGGGCAAUUUGAAAAUGCUGCCAAUCCCAAGAUUCAUUAUGAAACAACGGGUCCGGAAAUAUGGAGAGACUCCGAAGGUAAAGUUGAUGUCCUGGUUGCGGGGAUUGGAACUGGUGGAACUGUGACUGGAGCUGGCGGGUUUCUCAAGGAGAAAAAAUCAGACAUGAAGGUAUAUGGUGUAGAGCCUACUGAAAAUGCUAUAUUGAAUGGAGGGAAACUUGGUCCGCAUCUGAUCCAGGGUAUUGGUGCUGGUAUCAUCCCUAAAGUUCUGGAUGUUGACUUGCUGGAUGGAGUCCUCCAAGUAUCGAGUAAUGAAGCUAUUGAAACCACUAAGUUGCUUGCCCUAAAAGAAGGUUUACUGGUUGGAAUAUCUUCUGGAGCCGCAGCAGCUGCUGCCAUUAGCUUGGCAAAGAAGCCGGAAAAUGCAGGCAAACUCAUUGUUGUGGUAUUCCCCAGUUUCGGAGAGCGUUACUUGUCUUCCAAGCUUUUCGAUUCCAUUAGAGAGGAGGUGGAGAACAUGACUUAUGAUUGAGAACUAAUAAUAAUUCUUUGAAGUUUCACCUUACUGGUUGUAACAGAUAUAUAGUUUCUUUCUCUAUAUGAACUUUUUUUUUAUGAAUGAAAUUUGUAUUAAGAAGCCUCGAGAAAAGGCAAACCAA